CCUCUCAAAGUUUCCCAAAAGAAAAAAACUAUUCAGAUUCUCAAUGGCUCAAGCGGCGAGACUAAGCAUGAGGAUGCAGAAAGAGCUGAAGCUUCUCCUCACCGAUCCACCUCACGGCGCUUCCUUCCCUCACCUCUCCUCCGCCGCUUCCGGCUCCGCCGAUUAUUUCUCUUCUUUCUCCACCAUCGAUGCUCAUAUCGAAGGACCUGAAGAUACUGUUUAUGCUAAUGGAAUCUUCAUCCUGAAGAUUCAAAUUCCAGAGAGGUAUCCGUUUCAGCCUCCUAUUGUGUCUUUUGCUACACCGAUUUACCAUCCAAACAUCGAUAACAGUGGCCGGAUUUGCCUCGACAUCUUGAAUCUCCCUCCCAAGGGUGCUUGGCAACCAUCAUUGAACAUCUCGACAGUGUUGACGAGCAUUGGGUUGUUGCUUAGUGAACCGAACCCAGAUGAUGGCUUGAUGUGUGAAGUAAGCAGGGAGUACAAAUACAAUAGACAAACUUUCGAUCAUAAGGCACGGGAGAUGACAGAGAAGUAUGCUGUAAAGGUUAAGAAGUCUGGUGAUGGGAGCAGCACCAGCCUCCAGAUUCAUGGAAGACCAAACUCGGCUGAGAUUAAGAGUCAUGGAGAUGAGAAUGUUUCUGAAAGUGAAAACAGUGUUUUAGCUCAUAAUCACGAAAAGCCCAAGCUAACAGAGGAGUCUUCCUUGAGCAUAACACGUAAAGAUAGUCUUGACACUGUUAUAUCGAAUAGUCAACUGCUUCUCUCAAGUUCUAGAGAUCAAGAAAUGGAUGGUAAUGGGAAAAGAAAAGCAGUGAUUGGUUUCUAUGACGGAGGGAGCAGGAAGAAGCUAUCUCUUUCCUUGCCUCCUCAAUCUCAGAAGAAAGACUUGUGUGGUGAAGAACUCACACAUGAAGUUUCAGCUGUUUGCAAAGAAAACGAGAAGCCACAUUCAAAUUUAAAGAAGCUUUCUCUGGGGUUAAAGAAGCCAUUGGUUAAUGCUGCAUCACUUAAUAACAACUUGGCCUCUUCAGGUUUUCGAUCUUCUGCUGCAAAGAGUGAAAGCAAUAGACUAAACCAAAAACUGUCCUUGAGACCUUUUGGAGAGUCACUGUUGAAUGAAGUUAGCAAAACAGAGGAACUUGCGCAAACUGACAUGUAUGUGAAUAGAGAUGUGAGAAGUUGUGGGGAAGAGUUUGACAAGUCGGUCUUAGAAGAAGCAUCAAUGCCUGAAUCCAUUGUUGUUCUAGACAGUGACGAAAGUGGAGAAGAGGAAGAAGAAGCCACAGUCUCUUCAAGGUCAAGAUUAUCAUUGGCAAGGAGAGGCCUCAGGUAGACCUUGAAGUAAUUGUUUUGUUUUGUUUUAUUUGGAGCUGGGUUCAGAACGUCGUG